AAUAAUCAGUAGCUGGUGUUGUGCAUCCAGUGGAGAGCAGCGGCGCUGCAGGAUGGGCGCACGAGAGGAAGUUCUUCAGGAACUUCUGGCAGAGCAGAAUCCAGAGUUUUUCCCCUCCUCUGGAGAAGAAGUGAAUCCAGUUCCGUUAACGGAGGAAUAGAGGGGGGACGUCAGCGAACUUGGGGGGGGGGGAACGCGAUUUGCGACGCUUUCUACGCCGUUUCUCUUAUGGAAAAACUGGGAAAAGAGUGAACUUUCCUCAACGCGCCCCGAGGAAAACUUCCCCGACAGAAGGGGCGAUGAGAUGCGAGUGAGCUAUGCCUUGUAGAAAUGGACAGAUUGUGUUUAAGCGAAAACAUGGCGUCUGCCUCCCAAAGUUUGGAUUAUUUUCCAGUCUGCUCUUUGCGCUCUGCUGCCUGGAGGCGCGCUCGGGCGUCGCGGCAGACGGGAGAGCCUGCAGCCCGUGUCCGGGUAACUGCUCUUGCUCGGCGGUGGGACCGCAAAACUCGUGCGUGGUUAAUUGUUCCAGCAUCGGGCUGGAUCAGGCCCCAGCGGCGUCAGACCUACCGACCGACACGCACACUCUAGAUCUGUCCAGAAACCACAUUCCCUCAGUGGAUUCCAGCCUCUUUGAUCACCUCACCGCCCUCAAGGAGCUGUAUCUUCAGAGCAAUCGUCUGGUCACUCUUCCUCGUGGGAUCUUUGACUGUGGGCCGUUAGCUGUGCUAGAUUUGAGCAACAACCAGAUCACCACCAUCGAGGAACGAACGUGUGAUAAUUUAUUUAAUUUAACUACGAUAGAUCUGAGCUUUAACCCGUUCGUCUGCGACUGUAAGCUGGUGCGCUUGGUGAGCUGGCUGCAGGAUCAGGGCGUUCGAGUGAAGCGACCCAACUCUAUGCUCUGUGACCGGCCGCCCGAGGUGAAAAACCAGCCGCUGCUCAACGUCAGUGUGCACACCUGCGGCCUGACGUACGCGGGCUGUCUGCAGGACGAGGAGCAUGCUGCAGGCGUGGAGCUGGUCAUCUUCUCCUCCUCCACUCCCGGCCCGUUCUCGCGUGAGGAAUGCAACUCCAAAUGCUUCCAUGAGAACCAGCGCUACGGCGGUCUGGGUCAGCAGAGAGAGUGUCUGUGCAGCACCAACUCCGAGCCCAACCACAUCAGCGAGUCCCAGUGUUCGGCCGCGUGCUCGGACCCGCUGGUCAUGAAGGAGUGCCUCUGGACUGUGGCGCAGGAUGUGUUUCAGGUGAAUUUCUCUGCCUCUCUUCCUUCUCGCCGUGUGUCCGUUCAUUCAGAGGCUGUCCUGUCUGUCGCCUCGUCCGUCUUCCCUGCCUCUUUCUCAUGGGACUUCGGUGACCUUUCGCCCCGGGUCAACACCUCUACGCCCAACACCACGGCGAGGCAUAAGUACGGUGUCCCGGGACGGUACCAGGCUCAGGUGAGUCUCUCGGCGGGUCACCAGGAGAUCGUGGCGCAGGGGAACGUGAGCGUGGAACUGCCCCCUCGACUCGAGCUCCGCUGCCCCGAACUCAUAGUGGCCAAUCAGAGCCUGGAGGAGGUGGUCUCUCUGGUCAACUGGGGCGGAGUGGGCGUAAACGUGGACUGGAGGAUCAGGAAGGAUGGGAGAGAGAUAGCAAGAGCGGAGCCGCUGUGUUUGCCAGAUGCGAUCCAUCACGCUGACUCCUCCCGCUGUUUCCUGUUGGUGUCGGAGGAAGUCAGCUGGUCAGAUGCUCGGCAGAAUUGUUCAGCCCGUGGUGGGGAGCUCGCCGUGGUGCAUUCCCAAACCGUCCGGGACCUUCUGGCCCCUCGAAUCACACAGGAGCGUGGAGUGUGGUUGGGUUUGAGCGAUCAGUACUCUCCCCGUGUCCUGCACUGGGUGGACGGUUCGGAGGUCCUGACAGGGGAGGAGGGCACGAGGGACCGGGCCACGCUGCAGCCUGGAAAUGUGUGUGUGUCACUGGACGGCAGCGGGCAGCCCAGCUCCCACUCCUGCACCGCCAGACGAGCGUUUGUCUGCCAGUUCACACGCCACGUGCGUGUUCCUGAUGCCGCUGUGUGUGCGGUGGGCACCGCUGUGUUUCACUCCCACAGUCCUCCGAGCAGCCCCACAGCGACACACUCCUCUGUGCCCAACACACCCGCCGGGAGCGUCGAGCUGCUCCUGUUCCCUGGACUGAGUUUUCUGAGCGCGGGGCGUCUGUCGUCUCUGGAGCUGAUCACACAGUCUCGAAGCGCAAACACUCAGCUGCGCUUUCAGGUGUACCGACCGCACUGCCAGAGACUCACACACAAGCUGCUGCCAGGUUGCGGUGACCUCUGCACCCCCAUCACUGUCUGUCAGGCCCUGGAUGAGUGGAUCAACAACACCUCCGUCCCACCAGCAGCCACAGCGUGUCCAGCGGGACGUCAGUACUGUCCGUACGCUGAGCGCUGUCUGCCCUUGGCCAGCUCGUGUCAUCCCGGGGCUUGUGUGAACUGUUCUGGGGUCAGUCCUCUGCCUGCGGGCACACAGUACCCAGAAUACAGACUCGUCGAGGAGGUGCUGAUCUCCCUACCGGCCGGACCACCAUCCAGCAUCCUGGUCCAGGAGGACAUAGAGGACCUGUUAGUUUCCCCUGGUGACUUCAUCGCCCUGCAGCACGACGCCGGACCGUCAGGCCUCCUCCAGUGCUCCUCUGACCCCUCGUCGCCAUGGAAACAGAGCGUGCUCAUCCAGAACCGCUCCGAUUGGUGGGAUGCAAACGAGACGCUGCAGGCGGAUGCGGAGGGCGGCUGGGAGGAGGGUGUGGUUUGCCAGGUGAGGGUGCUGUAUGUGGGGCAGAACAGCACUGUGCUGCAGGGUCCCUUCCUCCGCUCUGGCCUAUCUCAGCUUGGUGACUACAGUUUGGAAGUGACAUCCAGCGAUGAGGAUUUUCCCGUCACUGCAUCCUGUCCCAUCCACGUCAUUCCACCUCUGGGCCCAGCCGUGAUCUAUCCCACCAAUCACAACGGGACGGUGUACUUCCUGCCCAAUCAGACGUGGAUUCUCGUCACAGUCCGCUCGCAGCACGAUGCUCUGAUUGGCCAGCAAGGCAGCAAUGAGACCGUUCCCUUUCACAACGCCUGUCCCGAGAACCUGGUGGCGAAAGUGGCCGAAUGCAGGCAGCACGGCCCGUACAACGACACCAUGUUUGCGUGGUUUGACCUCCAGCUCGGGUCCACACCAGAACAGACCACGGUGCUGUUUCUUGUCCAGAGCAACGUUACCAAAGCAUCUCUACAAAUUCAGGCAAGGGUGCAAGAACCUCUCCGGGGGCUCUUAAUCAAACCCCAUCCUGCUCACAGAGUCCUCAUGGAGUCCGUAGUGAGUUACAUAGCCUCUGUGGAGGGAGGUACGGACCCGUCGUUCAAAUGGACAGUGGAUGAUAAACCAUACUUCACGUACUAUAACAGCAUGUUAAAUAUCAUCUACCAGAACGCAGCAGUGUACAAACUCACGGUAAUGGCUAUGAACCAGGUUAGCAUGCUGACAGAGCACUUCACUGUCACAGUAGACCACAUGAACCCGAUGACUGAGCCGACGGUCCACGGAGUCCCCAAAAUCGUGCAGCAGGGUUUGCCCCUGAACCUCUCUGCGUCGGUGAAGAUAGACAUGGCGGUGGAUGUCACCUUCUGGUGGUGGUUUGGAGAUGGAGGGAACCGUACACAUCAGAUUAAGCCCCCUUACAAUAACCCCUCUAGUAACCAGGUUGUGAUUCGUGAUGAUGUGGAAUACAUUUAUGCACAGCCAGGGGAGUACACCCUAUUGUUCACGGCUUCCAACCGCUAUGAGAACAAGACAUGCAAGGUCGAUGUAUACGUCUUUAGCAUUCUGACAAGUGUGCGAAACGAGAUUGACCCGCCCCUGCUACGUGCCGAAAAAACAGCUGACUUUGAGGCCCACCCCCUACCGUCUCCCUACGGCAUCAUCUACACCUGGAACUUUGGUGACAAUUCAAGUGUACAGCAGGGGCGUGAACGUAGGGUUCCUCAUGCGUACGCUCACAGCGGUGUCUACAAUAUCUGCGUGAAUGUCAAUAACACCAUUAGCUGGACAGACACCUGCAUGGAAGUUAUCGUCUAUGAGGAUGUUAAGGGCUUGGAGGUGAUGUCAUCUGCUCCCACGGAAUGCAACACUCCUACCGUUGUCUCGGCAAGUCUAGAAGCAGGCAACAAUGUAACUUGGAGCUUUGACAUGGGUGAUGGAAUGGUGCACACGGUUAUGGAACCCAAAAUUGAAUAUACGUACAGGAAAGAUGGAAACUACACUGUAAAUGUCACCGCAAAGAAUGUUGUGAGCUCUCAAUGGGUAACCAUACCUGUUGAGGUGUUUGUGCUACAAGUGUUAUCGCUAGAACCUCCCGGGUGCAUUCGGGAAAACAAUGAGGUACUCUUCCAUGCAUUUGUGUCAGGGAACGCUUCAGGACAUCAGUACGUGUGGAGUUUUGGAGAUGGAAGCCCCAACGAAACUCAGUAUGGAACGCAGAUGAUAAUGCACACAUACAUUAAGAAUGGCGAGUACAAUCUCUCGCUACUAAUGUCAAGUGAAGCCAACAAGGCAAAUUUUUUCAGAAGGGUCUGCGUCCAACCUGAACUCACAACAGUGUCUUUGUUUCCUCUGAGAACACACAUCAAGUUCGGUGAGGAGAGCAGAUUUACAGUAGCUGCCUUCCCAGAAUUUAACUACACCUACCUAUGGGGUUUUGGGGUACUUGACUUGAGAGGUCCUGUUCGAGGUGGUAAGGAGAUGGCCUUUACAUUCAAGAGUCCUGGGGAAUAUCUGGUUACGGUUACUGCACUCAACAACAUCUCCUGUAUCAACGACACUGUUUUAAUUGUGGUGCAACAAUCCGUCAGUUUUUUGCUGAUCAGCCAUAAUGGAGAUAAAGAAAACAAUUUUUCUUUACACCAAGGCUAUGCUUUCAAGGCAUCUUCAGACUCUGAGAAUGCUGUCUACAUCUGGGAUUUUGGAGAUGGGACUCGACUUAAUGGGGCAAACGUAUCACACGCUUACAAUUCCUCGGGCAGGUUUAACAUCAGUGUUACAGGCAAGAAUGAAGUGAGUGAGACCAAAAAUGAGAUUUCCGUUGUGGUCUUGGCCCCAAUCACAGGACUGUCAGUAAAUGCUAGCCUUGUUAAUGUCCCUUUGAACACUUCCGUUCACUUUGAGGCACACCUCAACCAAGGAGAUGGUGUAAGGUACUCUUGGAUUCUUUGUGACCGGUGCACGUCUAUCCAAGGCACUCACACCAUGUUCUACACGUUUCGCUCCGUUGGGACUUUCAAUAUCAUCGUUACUGCAGAGAAUGACAUUGGCACUGUUCAGUCAAGCAUUUCCAUCUUUGUGCAGCGUGAGUUGGAGGGCUUGCAGAUAGUGGCUGAUGAGCUUAUUGAAGGAUGCUGUUUUGCAAGCAACCGUGUCCUUCACUUACAAGCCUCAUUAAAAGAGGGCACCAAUAUGACCUUCAGCUGGAACCUUCUGAGGGAACAUGAAAACCAUGACUACAACCUCACGGGCAAGACCAUAGACCUCAACUUUUCCACCCCUGGUCCUUGUGAUGUCGUCCUCAAGGCAACCAACUUGCUUGGCCAGCUGGCUGUGAACAAAACUAUUGAGUUUUUGGAUCCUGUAAGGGAGCUGGUCCUUAAGAUUUCAUCAAACCCUGCUGCAGUAAAUGCCAUGACAAAUAUGACAGUAUCUGCAAGUUUUGGAACAGCGCUUCAUUACAAAUGGUGGGCAGAUAGUGAACUGUUAACAUCUGAUAUGUCCUCAGUCAUGCACCGUUUCAGAAGCGCAGGUUUGAAACUGGUUAAAGUGGAGGUUUCCAACAAAGUCAGCUCGGAAGUGGUCUCAAAGUGGAUCAGCAUUCAAGAACCGAUCUCGGGAUUGACUUACAUCGCCACAAAUGUUACAGAGAACUUUGUAGCUUCAGGGGACAAUGUUACUCUGCGUGGAGAAACACGGAUGGGAUCCAGCAUUUCGUGGAUGUGGCUAUUGCCAGACAACACAAAAUCGAACCAGCGCACCACCUCCUACAUCUUCCCCAAACCAGGAAUUUUCACUGUCGCUUUGAACGCCACUAAUGACAUGAACAGAGAAACAUACUCACGUGAAUUUAGCGUUCAAGACCGUAUCCAGGGUCUGGAGCUCAAGGCCAGCAAACAAAUUGCUGCGGUUGGUGAAAACGUUGAGUUUACCAUCUCUGUCUCAUCUGGAACUUCUGUUAAUUUCAUCCUGAGCAUUAGUGGUGAUGCAACUGUUGUUCUGACUAAUCAAACCUACAUCCACCAGUUCACUAGUGUGGCCAAGUACUACGUCAAUCUUACUGCCUUCAACCAAGUGAGUUCAGAACGAAGGACUCUGCACAUUGAAGUCAUGGAGCCUGUGACCAAGUUGACUAUACUGGACUGCUGUGAUGCCGCUAUACCUGUCGGUGUACCUAGGGCUUAUGUAGCGUGCACGCCGACACGUGAUCCGCUGACCAUUCUAUGGACCUUUGACCUUCAUCAUGGACUCAAGAUCUCUCGGGUUGGCAAGUCGGUGACAUAUGUGCCAGAACAGCCAGGCAAUCUGACCAUAUUCCUUAGAGCAUUCAAUUCUUUAAACGGAUUAAAUGUGACCAAGGUUAUACGAGUUCAGAACAUUAUCAGGUCAGCCACCUUGGAUGCUCAACCAAGCGACACCUUCAUAAACAAGACGGUCAGCUUCCAUGUGGGAAUCACUCCUGUUUCCACUCCAGUGACAUAUCAGUGGGACUUUGGGGAUGGUACUUCUGCAGCUGUCACAACUACACCUUCUCUUAGUCAUAUCUACAUCCUUCCUGGUCACUAUGUGGUGCGAGUUAAUGUCAGUAACCUGGUGAGCUGGGUUACAGCAGAGGUUAAUGUCAACAUCUCUGUCCUACAGUGCGACGAACCAGAAGUUCAGAUCAUUCAAGCUCCACGACUCGCCAUCUGGCGUUACCAGCCAACCUCGGUAGAGGCCAAUGUGAAUUUAAAAGGUUGUGGCCUCUAUGGAGUAGAGUACCUCUGGGAGAUCCUCACCUCCCCUCGCUGUCAGGAUGAUGACAAGAAAGGUCCACCACCGUCUCAGGUCCGUCUCCCCCCAGAAGUCAACGUCCGGAGGCUCCAAAUUUCAGUGCCGAAGAUGUCGAUUUCUGCUGGGAACUACACUCUAGUUUUUUCUCUGUCCUAUGAGGGGGUGCCUCUACGGAAGGCAGCAUGUAUUCAACUUUCAGUCAUGUCAAAAAAGCUAGUGCCAAUCAUUGAGGGUGGCACAUACCGUGUGUGGUCCAAAACUCAAGAUUUGCAUUUGAGCGCAGAGCAAUCCUACGACCCGAACCUGGACCCAGAGAACCAGUCCCUGCUCAGCUACCACUGGGAAUGUGUGAGCACCUCAAAGGGCCCAGCUCACUGCUCCACUUUGCAUUUCGGGUUGGGUCCGAGCGACCCGGUUCUGGGAAUCUCUGGUUCUGAACUGGAGGUAGAUGUUGAGUAUACCUUUCGCCUGACCGUCAGCAAAGAAGGCAUGACCCCAGAGUCCACAAACCAAACGGUGUGGGUGCAAAGCGGUCGCAUCCCGAUGGUGUCGCUGGAGUGUGUGUCGUGCAAAGCUCAGUCUCGCUACGAGAUCAGUCAGAGCUCUUAUGUGUACCUGGCUGGCACCUGCAAUAACUGUCACAGCUCACACAGAGGGCGGUGGACGGCGGUGACCGGAGGGAACGAGAUGCUGGUGCUGAAUCUGAACACCACCACCACGGGCAGCGACAGCAUGAACCUGGUCCUGCGACAGGGUAUACUCCGCGACGGAAACUCCUACAUAUUCAGCCUCCACGUGACCGAUGACAGCAUGGACCGCGAGGGCGUGGCCUACAUCGAGCUCCACCCCAACCUGCCUCCAGCCGGCGGGACGUGUUCUCUGUGGGCGGAUGGCGACGGGCCUCAUGUGCGCACGCUGCUGGAGAGAGUGCACUUCAACUGCUCAGGUUACACUGAUAUGGACGAGGCCGAGUCUCCGCUGGUGUAUAGUCUGCUGGCGGUGCGCUGCUCUGGGCUGUACUGCGAGGAGUUCUGUGUGUAUAAAGGCACGAGUCCAGAACAUUCGGCCUUUCUGCCACCUGGCAUCAGCUCGGCCCAGUACCAGGUGACUGCGAUUGUCAUGGUGGAGGACCACCAGGGGGCCACAGUCAUGGCCCGCAACAAGUCGAUGGAGGUGGUGCUGCCGGCGGUUCCUGAUGGAUUCAGCUGUCUCCCUCACUGGCUCAGCAAUCUGACCGACUCCACCCUGAGAGAGCUGCUCCGUCAGGGAGACUCACAGAGAGUACGGGAGCUCUCGCUCGCCCUCAUCACCGUCCUCAAUGAGUAUGAGCAGGGUGUUUCCCGCAGACGUGAGCGUGUGUCUAAGGCAGAGCGUCAGUAUCGUGUGAGCGUCAGAGGAAACAUCACCAGAGCGCUGACGUCACUGGACCUCACCACCGUCAGUGACAUCCAGCAGACAUCAGCGGCGCUCGCGCAGUGCACGGCUGUGAGUCGAGAGUUUGUGUGUGAAGAGUGUCAGAACAGCACUCUGGACAAACUAGAGUCGAUGUUAGAGAUCCUGCAGACAGACACCAAACAGGGCACAGUCACCCCGACCGAGAUAGCAGACAACAUCCUUAAUAUCAUGGGUGACCUGAUCCACCAGGUGAGCCAGGCUGCCUCCUCUCCUCCUCCGGAGGCCGAGGACCGCGACGGCCUCUCCCAGCCGCCUCCGCUUCUCUUAGAGGAGCAGCAGCAUCACCCGCUGCGAGUGGCUGCUAAAGCCUACACCCUGUCCUCCGUCCUCAUGCGAAUCCUCAUGCUGGGCCGCGUCUUGAACGAGGAGCCGCUGAUCCUCCGCGGGGCAGAGAUCGCCGCCGCCGGCAAACGCGCCGACCCUCAGAGCCUGCUCUGCUACGGCGAGAGCGACGCGGCCGAGUGCCGGCGUUUCUCCAUCCCGCGAGCCUUCAACAGCAGUCUGGGACGGGCAGCAGGAGGCGCUCUGGCGCCCAGCAGCGAGGACGGCAUCGUGCAGCUGCUGUUCCAAGUGGAGCCCAAUCCAUUUCCAUUCAACUAUGUCGCCAAUUACACCGUGUCGACAGAGGUGGCGUCCAUGGAGUUUCGCACAGUGAACGGCACGCAGAUUCCCAUCUCGGAUCUAGACGACAGCCAUGCCAUAACGGUUGCUGUUAAUAACGGGAGCGUGGCUGGGCUGGACGGGAACGGAUUGGAGGCCGUCUUGCCACCAGCGGGAGCCGAGAACAUCAGCCGCUGCGGUUCAAUCAUCGUGAGGGUGAGCACGAGGAACACCAACAGACAGACGGGAAUCUACGUCCAGCUCAACUUCACCGUACUAGACGAUUCUCCAGAGAAGUGGGAAUUGGAUCCAUUCAUCACAGCCUAUCUCCACACCUCCGAAUGGCCCAAUGAAUACAACAGCACUGACAGGAAACGCAUCACGCUCAAUAUGACACGGGGGCGGGACCUGGACCACCGACUCUACACUUUCUUCCUGUCUCCAAAGUCCUAUGACACUACGCGUGAUCACUUCAUAAACGUGACCGUGGGCUGCGGCGCCAGCGAUCCGGAUCUGAUCCGGUUCGAGGUGGCCGUCUUCACCUCGCUGUGUCAGUAUUUCAGCGAAAGCGCCAAUCAGUGGCGGACGGACGGCAUGGAUCCACUUCCCGAGACCAGCGUGGGCCGAGCUGUGUGUCGCACGCAUCAUCUGACCGCUUUCGCCGCCAGCCUGUUUGUUCCCGCCGAUGCCGUCUCCUUCAUCAUUCCUGUGAAGGAGGCGGAGUUGCGUGAGCGGCCGCGGCUGCUGUCCUGGGAGCUGCAGAGGGCCGUGUGUGAGAGUCACGUCUGGUUUUCUCUGUGGGAGCGUCCUCCACGGAGCCCCUUCACGCGGCUGCAGCGGCUCACCUGCUGCGCUCUGCUCAUGCAGCUCUGCAUGCUGGCCAACGCCGUGUGGUACGGCACCGUCUCCUACGGCAACAGCUCUACGCUGGUGUCUGCUCUGGUCUCGGUGAAUGCGGAGACGCUGUGGGCGGGGCUUGUGAGCUGUCUGCUGGUCUAUCCUGUCUACCUGCUCGUCUUCUGUCUAUUCAGACUCAGCCGCAGUAAGGUCUCUGUGGAGCAGCUUCCUCCUCAGGUGGACCAGGAGUCUCUGGAGAUCGAUGACUUCCUGGAUAACUCACUGACAGGAAGCUCUUUUCUGAUGCUGAAUGGCAUUCCUGGAGAGACAUACUCAGAGGAGACCAACAUUGACCUGCCCACACCGUCCACUAAGAGUCUUCAGAGGUGGAGCAUUCCUGACUGUGAUUGGCCGGAUGUGUUAACCGACCCGUCUGUGGAGAUGGGGCCGGUGUUCCCGCCUCGGCUCAAGAGAGGUCAGGGCAGCAGACAUCUGGGUGUGGACAUUCCCUUCAGUCCCGACGAGGAGGACACUGUCUAUGACAACAGCCACAGGAACAAAUACUUCUCCUCCUCAGAUGAGGAUCUGAUCAAGCGCAUUCUGGCCGAUGGACAGCUGCUGUCUCAGACGGACAGUGACAUGGGCGAUCUCUCCAGUAUAUUCGGUGAUAAGACGGAGGUGAUUCUACUGCAAAAGAUGAAUGAACCUGUUCCGUGUGGAACAUUUAGACGAGACCCUCCCAAAACUGCCUUUACUUCACGCACAGUGGUGACGGAUGUGUGUAAGCCCAGGCCGUUUCCUCCUCUGUGUGGAUUGGCUGCUCUGUGGGCCAGCUGGGUGGGGCUUGUCCUGUCCAGCAGCCUAUCAAUGUGGCUGGGGCGGAGCUUCAGCGAGGGCGUGGCUCUGAUGUGGCUCAUCUCCUGCAUUGCCAGCUUCCUGUCGUCAUUCCUCCUUCUCGAACCUCUAAAGGUGUUGUUGGAGGGGGUGUAUUUCUCUCUGGUCGUGGGUCGUCUAAGAGCUGAGGAGCAGGAUGUUCUGGUGGACUGUCCGCGUGUGGAGAGAGUGGUUCAGCGGAUCCCGCGAGUCAGGCCGCCGCAGGGGUUCGCUCUCUCACAGGCCCGAGAGGAGGCACGCAAGGUCCGCCUGCUGCACACCAUGCUGAAGGGUUUCCUGCUCUACAUGCUGUUCCUGCUGGUGGUUUUACUGCUCAACUACUCAGACUCGUCCAGAGACGCCCAUCGCCUACGACUUCACACUCAGCUGCAGGAGCACUUCCUCACAGAACACUUCAACAACAUCAGCAGCUGUUGGCUGAUUCUGCUGUGUGUGUGUGUGUGUGUUCAGGUGUUGUUGGAGGGGGUGUAUUUCUCUCUGGUCGUGGGUCGUCUAAGAGCUGAGGAGCAGGAUGUUCUGGUGGACUGUCCGCGUGUGGAGAGAGUGGUUCAGCGGAUCCCGCGAGUCAGGCCGCCGCAGGGGUUCGCUCUCUCACAGGCCCGAGAGGAGGCACGCAAGGUCCGCCUGCUGCACACCAUGCUGAAGGGUUUCCUGCUCUACAUGCUGUUCCUGCUGGUGGUUUUACUGCUCAACUACUCAGACUCGUCCAGAGACGCCCAUCGCCUACGACUUCACACUCAGCUGCAGGAGCACUUCCUCACAGAACACUUCAACAACAUCAGCAGACGUGAAGAUGUGUGGGCAUGGCUCUCAGACUCCCUGUUACCACAGUUACUGGAUGGUCCUGACCUAAUGGAGAAGACGGGCAGCCUGCUGAUAGGUCGACCCCGCCUCCGACAGCUGAGAGCUCAGCCAGAAUGCCCCGUCAUUGGCUAUUUCCCAGCAGCCUCGUGGUUUGGGUGUGUCCCGGCUGGAUGGGCGGAGUCAGCCUCAGAAUUGGUGCAGAACUGGAGUAUCAGUACAGCUCAGAGCAGCGGUAUGUGGCACUGGGGGCAGGUGUCUGUCUACAGCAGCGCUGGAUUCGUGCAGGAUCUCAGCAGGACCAUGCAGGACUCCAGAGCUGUGAUCAAGCAACUCAACACACACCAGUGGCUCGACCCGCUGACCAGGGCUCUAUUCGUGGAGUUUCCCCUCUAUAACAUCAACACCGAUCUGUUGGCCGUCUUCACGUUCCUGCUGGAGUUUCCUGUAUCUGAGCAUGCUCAGUUGAGUCUGGAGCUCAAAACCUGCAGCCUCCACACGCUCAGUCACGGCAUGGACCUGCCGCUGUUCCUCACGCUCCUCCUGCUGGUCUUCGUGAUCUAUUUCUCUGUACGUGAGAGCGCGGUUGCGUGGAAACAGGGGCAUGGCUAUUUCCUGCGUUUGUGGAACGUAGCAAGUGUUUGCAGUCUGCUGUUGGCGAUUUGUGUCGCCUCGCUACACCUGAGCCGCUCUGUACUCUCCGCCCACCAAUGGGGGUCAUUUCUACAAAAACGGGACACUUUUACGGACUUCUUUCCUCUGGCUCAGCAGAACCAGGUUCUGACCCAACUCAGCGCGACUCUGCUCCUCCUACUGGUUCUCAAGGCAUCACACCAGCUGCGUUUCAUGAGAGAAUGGGGGGUUUUCGGGAGAACGCUAAGGAGAUCUUUCUGGGAGCUGCUGACAGUUGCAGUCACUCUACUCGUGUUCCUGUUGGCAUACUCACACACCGGACACCUGCUUUUCCACUCUGUCAUGGAGGGCCACGGAACUGUUAGCUCUACUUGCUUGAAGUUACUAGGCUCUAAUGGGCGUGGACUGUUGUCAUGGCGACCGGACAGUGGCUCCUCUCCAUGUUCUGCUUCCUGUUUCAUCUUCUACAUUAGCUUCACUCUCCUCCGACUAGUUUUGCUGUGGCUUUUGAUCUCGCCGUUGCUAAGGAACUAUCGUCGGGCAAGGGCGGAACUGUACCGUCCAGCCGUUGACCUGCAGGACUAUGAAAUGGUGGAGUUGUUCCUGCGACGCCUCAAAAUGUGGAUGGGGCUCAGCCGUGCUAAAGAGUUCCGGCACAAGGUGCGGUUUGAGGGUAUGGAGCUCCCUCCUUCACGUUCCUCUUCAACUAGUGACUGCAAGUCCUUGUGUCUUCCUCCUCUGGACACUCCUGAGGCUCCCCCAACUCCCGACAGCAUUGACGGAGGAUCUGAGGCCUCCUGGCGUCCCACAUCCAGCAGCCCUUGCAGUUUGGCUGAAGCCCCAGGUCUAGGACUUGGCCUCACUUUAGGUCUUGGGGUCAUAGUUGGAGGCCAAGGCUGGAAAGAGAGAGCUGAGAUGGAGGCAACACUCCGCAGAAUCCUCCCAGCAUUCGAUGCUUUGCUUCUGCAGCUGGACCGGGUAACCCACGCCACAGAGGAACUGUAUCGAACAGAGUGCCACCUAGAGAGACUGCUGAGGAAGAGUAGAGGAUGGGGCAGAGGGGUACACCACCACAGAAGUCUAGAGUCUGCAGGACAGAAGAGACAUAGAUACAAGGGGACAGACAGGAGUACACAAGUGGCACAAUCUCCCCUGAGAACUGUAAUAAGUGCACCUGCAUCCGAGAGAAAUCCUCACAAGAGAGAUCGAAGGUCAAGGAAAUCAGAGAAGUUCUCACAAAUCACAAGUGCUCUUCCCACAAGCCUCAAUAAGACGGACUUGAGUCCCCACAGGACCAAUAGUCUCCAAAAGACUCAAGAAACCCCUAGUACCGAGGUGGUAGAUGUUGACAAGACUGAGAAAGGCCCUCGCAAGGCGGACUCGGAUCCCCUCAAAGCAAGUCCACCUGAGGGGGACAGUAGUCAACCUAGAGGCCAAAAGGCUGACAAGGCUUCUCAUAAAGUAAAAGGAAACUCCAACAAGGUGGAUCCAAAUUUCCAAAGGGAAUCUGAGGUUGCUGGCUGUGCCAACAAACCCAUCCCUACCCCUGUUCCCACUCCAGCAUCUGCUUCCUCGACUGCUCCUGUUUCUGCCAUAACUACCCCUAUACCGAUCCCUCGCUCCCAUGAAUGGAUUUCUCCCACCAACAGCGAGAACCUUCCCUCCAGCGUGUUCCGGCACCCUGCACACACUACUACGAAUCCCACCCGCAAACGCAAGCACAAACCUCCCCCACUUAAAAACAAGGUGCACCCCAACACAGACAGACCUAUCUCAGGACACCCCAAACCUUGAGACCCCAAGGUUCCACCAGUCAGUAGACAAGUACAGGCAAGGAUUUGGAAUUGAGUUGUAAGGCUUAGGAACUCAAGGAACGUUGAAGCUCAAGGGUUACAGCAUUUCAUGAAGAAAGGAGGACCUGGUGACAGCAGGUUUUGUAACCAGGCCCUCAAGAAGAGUGAAAGCAAUAAAAGUUGCUUAAAACCAAAUAAUACACCAUAGCCUUAAGUUCCAACCCACAAAUCUUUUGAUUUGUAAUGCCUUACUAAAAGUCUCAAGAUGGAAACUGGGUGCAGGUCACCAUGGUUUCUACAAUCCUCAAGAAUUUCCAGUUGAUGCAAGUUGCCCUUUUCCUUCCCCACUUGCAGUGACCUCAAGUCCAACCUCUUGACCCUGGUGGUCAACUGGGUUGAAACCGACAAGAGCAUACCUUGUGCUGUCGCAACAACAAAAACUCUUGAAAGAGACAAUGAAGGACUAGAAGAGCAAGCCUGUUGAUGCAGGAUGGCUAAAGCUUGAUGGUAUUUGUUGUACAAUGUUUUUAGUUAUGUUUGAUGAAACGUUCUUUUUUGUGUUGUUAAAGGAAGCUAUCUUAAGGUCAUGGGUAUAUGUAUCGCCCAUUGAUGCAGAAUAGGCACAGCUUAUUCGAAAAGGGCUCACACUGAUAAACUCGCACACAUACAGACAUAAAAACACCCAGAUUGCAGGUACAUAUUUGAUGCGAUUACAUAAAUAUAGAGCUAUGCUUCGAGGUACUUAUGCAUAAUUCAUGCUUCUUAAUAUAAUGGCAUGUUGCGAAAAAUAGACACAAAAACAUAUGAACUUUUACAAUUUACCCACUUACACUUAUACACUCACACUAACAUACUUCUGAAGAGGCCAUCAGGGUGCUAAACAACUAGUAAUCCUCAGGAUUUCAAAUAUAUUUCUCUGACAUAAUUGCUCCAUUCAGAGGUUUCUCAGAGCGAAACGAACCAGAGGGCGAGCGAGAGAAGAUGAAAUUAGAAAUUAGCAUGUCAGAAAGUGUGAAUUUAAAGGGAGACCAAAAAUUUGGGAUAAUGUAAUAGUAGGACAUGAAAUGUUAGAUGAAGUAAGGAAAAAGUUGAGACAGAAUUAAGACAAAGGUACGUCCCUCAUUCAAGCACAACUCCCAGAAUUCUCUGUAUGGGGAUUUGUUAUUCCAGCAGGUAAAAGCGAUGUUCCAUAAAGCAUUAUUAUUGUUAAGUAGUUGUUAUUAAGUAGUUUGUUAAUGAAUGAAAAACCAGCUUAUGAUAAAUGGAAGUGUGUUUGUUGCCCUCUAUGAUGUUUUGAAUUUAAUUUAAAAAGCACUUUGUAUUGAUGUUUUAAUAUGAAUGAUUGUGAUGGCAUCGGUGUGAUUUAAUUUGAAUGUGUUAUGGAAAAUGUUUUGCAGAAAUAAUAAAAUAAGCUUGGUAUGAACAUAAGAGAUAGUUACAACAGCAUUACUCUCCGUAUAAUUUUGCCAAAGCUUGCAACUCAAGUAACAAGAAAUAAACUUGUUUCUUUUGAACUUAGCACUUUAUUGCAAUGUCAAGCUUUAGUGCUUUGCCAUAUUUAAACUAGUAUGUACUAUUUCUUCACAUACAACUUUCCAGAACUAUUCUCUUUGAGUAUUAUACACAAGCUGCAUCAGGAUAUUGAUUACCAUUAAUUUUCAUGUAUUUGUUUCUACAAUGUGUUGAUUUGAUGUCUCUUGUGAAGUACUACAUUGGUAUUUACCGUGAUGAUGCUCAGGGACCCUCUUUUUAAAAACCCAAAGUAGGAUUUUUAGGUUUUUUGUUGUUUUCCGCUUUAAACAAUGCAUGUAUUAAGGUCUCAUAUAUUGAAAUUAGAGUAGUUGAGAGUGAUUUGAUGAUUAGCUUAAGCACUCGAAAAUAUCCACCACAGGGAGUUUUGAUUCUGUCAAAGGUCACUUCCACUACAGUAACGUUUUUAUUCAGGCCAUUCCAGAUGAGGUUUAGAAAGGUCAUGUUUAUCUGUACAUAUUGGUGUGCCCUGAUGUAAAUAUUGUAUUCGAGUUUGAUUGCAUUGUUUUAAUCUCGUUUCCCUUAACCGCACUGAGUAGAAAUUUUAAAUGGACAAAAUGGAUCGCAGUAUGCACAAUCAUUUCACACAAAUGCUUUGGCCAAAGGAAAAAAUAAGACCCAAAAAAGGUAUGAAAGCAUUGCUAUUUCCAACAGAACUACACACAGCACAAGCAGUCAUUUUAAAAUAUAAUGGCUUUUUAGUAGUUCUUUGCAGGAUAGUAUUGCCGCUAAAAUAUUUCGUACUUUUUGUCAGGAAAAAAAUAAAUAAAUCAUGUCUGCCAUUUCAAACCAGUCACAAGUGCCAAAACAUACUUGCAUGCAAUAUUGUAAAGUCUUAUUUUUUGGUAUUAAAUGCUGAAGGUGCAGUAAUGUGUUGAUUGCAGGUUUGACAUUUUGUGUUGAAUUGUGCUGUUGUACUUGUAACGUUGUAGCACUUCGCUUUACAUGCUUUUGCACUUGACAAAGUCAAAUAAAGAGUCUGACAGCU